UAAGACUGUCGGAUUUGAGCAGUGCAUCUCUCCAGAGGUAGGACAAAGCAACCCACAUAUCUCUGCUUGGGGCCCACACAAAGUCUUGUAGGCACAAUGUUCCAGAAGAAGGUGUUUGUUUAAUGUUUAGCUACACACCUGGGCAUCUAGAUUGCAGUCGUCUGCUUUUUCCAGAUUAUACCCACAACUCCCAAAGAAGGCAACUAGGACCUCAACCAAGUCUACUGGGAGAAGAGAAGAGGGAUCAAUUUCGCCCAACAGCCCAUUGCUCAGAGCCAGUUUGCGGGAAGGAUUUUCCUAAACCCCGGGGCCCCUGGGAGCCAUCAUCCUUCAGCUAUUGCACCAAAAAUUCAACAUGCCAACGAGAGUUGUCGACCUCAGAUUCUGGGCUUUCUUUUCUUUUGUCCUUACAGCACAAGCCCUGAAGUGCCAUUACUGUCUACGGGAGACUCCAACUCAAGGCUGUCAAUGCAGAGUGAAUGUAUGUUUCCCAAGAGAGAACCAAGUAUGCAUUGCAAUCACUGUCCUCCAUGGACAAACGCUCAGGUACAGAAUGGAAGGCUGUACCAACAGCCUCGCUGACUGUACUAUACAAAUGAGACACAGGGUUGGCUAUCGGGUGACUGUCAUGUGCUGUCAAACUGAUAUGUGCAACCACUGGGACAAUGAUCAUUAACUUAAAAGAAAAAUAAGAUGCAAAUCAGGACUCUCACAGUUCUCUGCAAUGUGGCAAGCUCAAAAGAUUGGAAGUGAAGUAGAAGUGGGGGGGUCUGCAUGUGCUCCUGAGUGUGGGCAUCUCUGUGUUAGGAAUGAUUGAAUGUACAAGUUUUCUUUUUGCCAUAUUUCUCAUUUCUUCGAUAGUGCAUUUGUUUUGGUCUACAUUAAUAUCAGUUUGAGAACAUGAUAAAGUUUGUCCUAUGAAAAGUCACCCCCUCAAAUGACAUGCAUUUUACACAUUUUGAACACGCCUUUUCCAGUUUGUACACAGAGUGAGACGUAUAUUGGACUUGGUUUUCUAUCAGGAAUGGGAAGAAGGUGACGGUGUGGAGAAGCUGACCAUUGCUCCAUUGCCACGGACCAACCAUCAUUUGGUUAAAUUUUGACUCAUUGCACCCCUAACCUCUGCAGGGGUGAAGGACCAAUUAAAAUGGUCCACCCCAGGAAGCUUACGGCUCCAAAAGGAUUCCUGACGGCUCUUGGGGAAUCUCCCGCCCCCUCGGUAAUUGAUUCAGCUGAUGCUGUGGUCACUCUCUGGAAGAGGGAGAUGACUGUCACUCUCUGGAAUAGGCAGCAGGUGGAAAGGAGUACUAGAGUUGAACUUCAUUGACAUCACCCCUUCGGGGUGAGAAGGGAGGAGUAUAAAUACUGUAAAUAAAUAAAUAAAUAAAUACACGUGGUGUUUAUCUCACAGAAAAUCAGAUUGGGCAUAGAACUGAAACAGCCUUGGUCGCCUUAGUAGAUGAUCUACGCCGGGAACUGG